UCAGUUUCAUACCCUUUAAAGCUUAAACUCCUUUCCCACCCACAUAUUCCCUUUCCAAAGUCCUGCCUCUUCUGCCAGAACAGAUAUCAAAAUGGAUCUAAUUGAGUACUACAAACUACAAACCCUGACUCAAUUUAUAAGCAUGCAGUUUCUAAAGAAGGUGACACAGUUGGUACUCCCAGUUUCUGUGUUUUCUUUCUUCUUUUCUCACUCAUCCUCGUUUUCUUUCCCCCAGUCUUUUGACUUCUUAUCCGCAUUCCCUUUGCAACUAUUUGGCCACACUAUUGACAAAAACUGCAUAUUCCUCCUUUGCAAUGGACUCUUGGUUCUCCUUGCAAAAUACUCUGGUCUAAUAAGAUCUCUGUCAGGGUCUUAUCAGACCACAGAGGCAAUGUUGGAGAACAAGGUUAUGGUAGAAAUCGUCGGUUUUGCAGAGAAUGUUGCCCUGAGACAAAGGAGAGAAAUAGACUAUUUGAUCAAAGAUGUGAAAAAAGAAAUUGAAAAGACAACUGUGGAGGAAGGAGGAGAAAGCAGAAAGUUUGAUGAUUUUAUUAGAAGGGUGAAGGAAGAAAUAAGAAUUGAAGCUCAGCGACAGCUAGUUAUGGUCUAGUGAUCCCCUUGAAUUAUUUUUUACUCAAAAAAUCAUCUGUGUCUCUAAUCUUCAUUGUGAAUUGUAAGUUCCAAUACUUGUUCACCCUACUUCUGUUAGCUAUAUGUGAAAUGUACUUUAAGAACUCUUGUCUCAUCUUUGUAAUUUUGUUAUCUGUGUACUUGUUUGUUGUUGUAAUAUGAAUAAAUAGUCAGUGAAUAUUGUGUCUGUA